GACACAUCCAUUCAUAGAGAGAAAAAGAAAAGACAGAUGCUCUUUUUUUUUUUUUUAAUUUUCUCAAUGUAGAGUACUAUUCAAAGACCAGCCUUUCCAGCAAUACACAGUUGCUUUUUCAGUAAAGUUUCCCUUUUUUUGUUCCCUUGGUUAUUUCAGCUGUCACUUUCUUGAGAAAUGCAUCAAACCAGACCUUGCCCAGAUCAAAAUCAAGUCUUGAUUAGGUGUUUUUGAAGCAUUUCUGAUACGGUUUUUGAGCUGCGAAAUUCUGGAGCAAGUGUUUGCGAGAAGUCCUAGAGAGAGUUUUGGAGUAGUAAAGUUCUGUUCUUUGGUGCUAAAAUGAGAGAUUUCCCAUCUUGUUUCGGUGAAAAUGGGGUACAAAUAGCUGAUUCUUCGUCUUCAAAUACUAGUAAAAAUGCACAGAAUUUGGUUACCUGUGUGUAUCAAUGUCGAAUUCGAGGCCGAUCUUGCUUGAUCACUAUAACGUGGAGUAAGAAUUUGAUGGGUCAAGGCCUGAGUGUAGGGAUUGAUGAUUCUGCAAAUCAGUGUUUAUGCAAGGUUGAUAUUAAACCGUGGUUGUUCUCAAAAAGAAAAGGGUCUAAGAGCUUAGAAGCAUAUUCUUGUAAAAUUGACAUAUACUGGGACCUUUCAUCGGCUAAAUUUGGAUCUGGGCCUGAACCAUUUGAGGGCUUUUAUGUUGCUGUUGUUGUGGAUAGGCAAAUGGUUCUCAUUCUCGGGGAUAUGAGAAAAGAAGCUUUCAAGAAAACUGGUGCCACUCCUAUUCCUUCCAAUGCUGUUUUUGUUGCUAAGAGAGAGCAUGUCUUUGGAAAGAAAGUGUUCUGUACCAAGGCUCGGUUUUGUGACAAUGGUCAAAUCCAUGAUCUCGUGAUUGAAUGCGACACAAUUGGUGUCAGUGAUCCGUGUCUUUUGGUUCGUGUGGACUGCAAGACCGUGAUGCAGGUGAAGCGACUCCGAUGGAAGUUCCGGGGGAACCACACCAUUUUGGUUGACGGGCUAGCAAUUGAAGUGUUCUGGGAUGUACAUAAUUGGCUCUUUGGUGCAUCAGUUGGAAAUGCUGUUUUUAUGUUCAAGACCUGCACGUCAGCCGAGAAGUUAUGGUCUAGCCAACCACUUUCAGAUCCAAAUGUGUUGCCGUGGUCCUUCUCCCAGAGAUUUCUGGAUUCCAAAUCACAAAAUCUUGGUUUUUCAUUGAUUUUGUAUGCUUGGAAGCAUGAAUAGAGAGACUCAGAAAUCUUCUUUGAGUGCUAACAAAAACAUUAGUGAGUUGUGAUAUUUAUUAAUCAUGUGAUUGGUUACACUUAAUUUUAUUAAACAGAUCCAUUUGUUUUUUACUUCGCCUUUUUUUUCAGUUGACAAUUUCAGCUAUUGAAUGGAUCAGAUAGAAUUGUGUUUUCA